AUGAGUUUCCGCAAGGAGGACGGAGUGGGCAGCCUGUGCCAGAAGGCGCUGCACAUCGUCACGGAGCUGUGCUUCGCGGGCCAGGUGGAGUGGGAGAAGUGCUCGGGCAUCUUCCCCCGGGACCGCGGCGGCCAGGGCGCGCCCAGCACAGAUAUUUCUGUCAGCCUGUUAGCCGUUGUGGUGAGCUUCUGUGGGCUGGCUCUGUUAGUGGUCUCACUUUUUGUGUUCUGGAAGUUGUGCUGGCCUUGCUGGAAAAGCAAACCUGUUGCCCCCAGUGCAAGUGCAGCUCCACAGAGCCCUUCCCAGGCUCCCACCCAAGUCUUGGAGACGGAAGAGAAAAAAGAAGACAAAGAACAAGAAAAGCCAGCGGUAAAAGCUAUGGAGCCCGCAAUCAAAAUCAGCCACACUUCCCCUGACAUCCCAGCCGAAGUCCAAACAGCUUUAAAAGAACAUUUAAUUAAACAUUCACGCGUGCAAAGACAGACGACUGAGCCAACAUCUUCCUCCCGGCACAACUCGUUCCGGAGGCACCUGCCGCGGCAGAUGCAGGUGUCCAGCGUGGACUUCGGGCCGGGCGCGGAGCCCGCGGGGCCCCUGCCGCCACCGCCGCCGCCGCCGCCGCCGCCGCGCGGGGAGACCAGCACGAGCAUCGGCAGGAUCAAGCCCGAGCUGUACAAGCAGAGGUCGGUGGACUCGGAGGGCCAGCGCGCCAACGACGCCCCGGCGUGCGGCAAGCUGCACUUCUCCCUGCGCUACGACUACGAGAACGAGCUCCUGGUGGUGAGGAUGAUUCAGGCGCUGGACCUGCCCGCCAAGGACCUGACGGGCUCCUCCGACCCCUACGUGAAGAUGUACCUGCUCCCCGACAGGAAGAAGAAGUUCCAGACGCGCGUGCACAGGAAGACGCUCAACCCGCUCUUCGACGAGGCCUUCCACUUCCCCGUGGCCUACGCGCAGCUGGGCGCGCGCAAGCUGCACUUCAGCGUCUACGACUUCGACAGGUUCUCCAGGCACGACAUGAUCGGGGAGGUGAUCCUCGACAACCUCUUCGAGGUGUCCGACCUGUCCCGGGAGGCCUCGGUGUGGAAGGACAUCCGCUGCGCCACCGCGGUGAGUGAAAAUGUUUUCCAAAUACUAUUUUCAUUAGCCUCCUACCUUCCACUCUCCAUCAAGAUAAGACGAUGCUUGGCUUCAUUGGGGCAUCACUUAGUUCUGAAGGUGGGGCACAAUGAGGUGAUCGGCGUGUGCAGAACCGGGCUGGAUGCCCAGGGGCUGGGCCGGGACCACUGGAACGAGAUGCUGGCCUACCACCGCAAGCCCAUUACGCACUGGCACCCCUUGCUGGAGUUACCUGGCCGGGCAACCAGUUUUGACAGUCAAGGGUCCUGCUCUUCUCCCAAACCACCACCUACGCCCUAA